AUGAACAAUUCAUCUUUUGUAGAUUGUGUUUACUUACUACCAGAUAUAACAGAUUAUGAAUCCAGUGAACAUAAUAAUACUAAUUACGAUCCAGUAAAUAAAACCAAUGCUCAACAGAAAAAACUACUAUUAUCACGUACUGUGAAUUAUGGCCCCACUACACAAGAAAAUUUAAAAUGUUCUUCAAUCCCUUUGACUGAAAUUAAAAACUUCCACAUACAAGAGAGUUUAAUAUUAAGGGAUAUAUUGCAUAUUUUAUUAGGACAGGAAGGUAUUUAUAUAAGAUAUAGUAAACACACUUCAAUCGACUAUACCAAUAGAAGCAUUACUAAUAACACAGAUAUAAGUGAUAUUCAUGUACCUGAAUAUAAAAUUGCCAAACACAUGGAUCCAACAUUAAAGCAUUAUGCAAAACUGUUCGUUAAGUGUGCGAAAAUGUACAAUUUUAUAGAAAAUUUCUCGAUGAUAGUAAUAGGUACAUGUUCCUCGUUGCCCGGAGAAAAUAUUAAGUAUGGGAAAAUUUUACAAAGAUUGUGUUUUAUCAUGAGAAACUUUUUAAUAAAAAAAUAUAUGAAGUUCAUUAUAGAAGAUGUGGAAUACAAAUUUAAUAAUUCAAUAGGAUACUCCAUUAGAAACUUACAACAGGACCUAGAAGUGAGUGGUAACCUAACUAUUUUACGAAAAUUAUACGAGAUUGUGACUAAAAUUAUACAGGAAUAUAAUAUUAGGAAGGAAAUAGACAGAAAUGAAAUGGAAUUCAAUGAGUUUAUAAAUGAUAUGAAAAGUGACAACGAUACUAGUGUCCUAAAUGGUAAGGAUGGCAAUAAUGCAGAUAUUUUCAGCCAGAUGAACACUUUCCCCUUUGAUACCAAGAUAAACGAGGUACCCAAAGGCGGCUGUAUCCUUAAAAUAGUCAAAUCGGUACUAUUAUUAACGCCAGGUACCGGAAAUAGUGUUGGGUCCAACAGCACUGGCAUUUUAUCUGAUAGUAGUUUUUCAUUUUUUAAUGAAUUGUACGCGGAACUUACAUCUAUCUAUCUUGAAAUGUUAAAUUUAUGGUGUACCAAGGGUAUUUUAAAAGACCCGUUUGAUGAAUUUUUGAUAUCCGAUAAUUCUCCCGAUUUGGUUUUGAAUAACGAAAGGCUGUGGGAUACUAAAUAUAAUAUUAGAAAGGAUGGACUAUUGGAUAUAUUUUGUGGGUCCAUUACGCAGAAUAACAGCGGCAGUACUGCUACUAAUAGCAGAAGUAUAUUAUUAUACAAGAUAUUAUUGUGUGGCAAGUUGUUGAAUGUGUAUCAUUUAAUUAUACCAGAAGAUUAUAGUAGGACAGAAGAUAAGGACCUAGAAUUCACAAAUAGAAGUAUGCCGAUGGCAGGAGUAACAGAAAAACAAGGACAACAGUGUCAAAUAACCGGUUUGGAAGAUCCAACUCUAUUGCGUGUACAAGUUGAUAGACUAUACGAACAGGCUAAUAAGAAAAUUUUAGAAUUGUUUUUCCAAAAUUAUAAAUUUGAGGAGAUAUUGAACAAUCUGCUACAAAAAAAUUUUAUGUUUGUUACUACAAGCGGUAUCAGUUCUGCUGGUUGUGGCGAUACAAUGUGUAAAUUUUUUUUACCAGAAUUUAUGAAUUCAGCACUAGUUGAAUUAACAAGACAUCCAAGUAAAAUUAUAUUAUCUAAAUUAAAAAACAAAUAUCAAGAUGUAAUAACAUCAAAUUAUAGACAUAAGAGUACUGACACAAAUCAUGGUAUUAAUAGUGCCAAUAAUGGAAGUAAUAAUGCCAAUAUAUGGCCGUUUUUGAAACUGAACUUAAAUUGUGACAGAUUAACACUACCUGAAAUAGUUGACCAAUUCUCCCAAAUAAAUAACUCUACUAUAUCACUAUAUAAUAACAUGGGUAAUUUAGAGGGAAAGGGGUUUUCGUUUUUAAAAGACAUGUUAUUGAGUGAUAGCACAAUUAGCGGUGCUACCAGUACUAGUGACAAAAAACAUACAAAGCUGAAAAUCAGUGUACACUACUUACAAUUUGAUAUAGAUAUCCCAUUCCCACUUAGCGUCGUAAUCAGUAGACCAUUUAUUGUACAAUAUCAAAUGAUACAAAGAAAAUUAAUACUUUUAUAUUAUCAUGGAAAUAUUCUAGAUGAUAUAUGGAUUGAGAUUAAUAAACACCCAUAUUGGCGUAACAUGGGAGUUAUUGAUACUAGUAACACCAUUUAUAAAAGGCAGAUUUUGCAGGUCAGAAAUUGGUUAAGAAAGACACGGUUUUUACACCACAGGAUGAUUUCAUUUAUAAGACUAUCACAAGAGUAUUGUAUGAAUGAUGUUAUCACCAGAGAGUGGAAUAACACAAUUGGUGUCAAUUUGACCGAUAUUGGUACUGUUCAAGAAUUGACCCUUUUAUUGCAGAAUUAUUUGACAACGGUUAUGAUAAAUCUGUGGUUGACAAAUAGCAGUUUAAUUAAUAUUGAAAACAAAAUAUUUGAAAUUAUUUAUAAAUUUUGUAAGUACAUCACAGGUCUCAGAAGUAAGCUAUUUAAGAUAUUAUCGUUGAUGACAUUGGGAGGACAACAACAGAAGACAGGAAAUGAUGAUACUGAUGAUAUAAACAUGGCCUUUUUGGUAAUUAAGGAGUUGGAAGAGACUCAUGUUAAGUUUAACAAUUCUUUUAAUGAACAUUUACAAGUGUACUGUGAGGGAAUAAGUUAUUAUUUUGGCAGUGACGUUUUCUUAUUAAACAAUUUACAAAACAUUGUUGUUGCGUAG